CGAAGAGACCGCCUGCUGCCUCGGACGGAAACGGAAUAGGCCGAAUCCCGACUUGACGCAGUUAACGGCAACCUUCGUGAACCGGCCGGGCCACGCUCUGUGAUGUAAUACGCUCGAACGGACUUUGACUGCUGCGCUGCCAAAUCUCCCGCAUCGGUCGGUGUACUACGACAGCUCGGCAUUUGCUCAUGCUGGCAGUGAGCUGGCAGUGAGGGCUUCAUAAACCGCUGACCCGUUGUUGUUGUUUUCAUUUUUGCUUUCUUCUUCUCGUUAACGGUCACCAUGAACUCGCGCAAGUAAGUGCGACUAGACGUAGUUGGACAUCAUGGCGAUGGACGUCGGAAAGACAUUUGUGGAGACGUGUCAUUAUCUCCAGGACCCGCGCCUGGUGGCGAGCUUCCAGCGCCUUUGCGGGGUCCGGGGGACGUUUCCGGAGAAUGCGAGUGAGCCCCGGAACUGCAGCGACGACAACGACCGCCCCGAGCUCCGAAAGAGGAGCCCUGGGGACGAUGUUGGCAACGGGGCGGCGUCCGCGGUGCACGCCAACGGGAAGCCGAGCGAGCCCAGGCCCGAGGACGAAGACACUUCCGCCCGGGCCAAGCCCCUCCGCAGGAACUCGCUGACCGGCGACGUGGGCCAGGAGUUCCUGAUCCACAACAAGUUGCUCUUCUAUCUGUUCACCUUCGGCACGGAGCUGGGCAACGAGAUGUUCUUCAUCGUCUUCUUCCCGUUCCUCUUCUGGAACGUGGACGCCCUGGUCAGCCGCCGGCUCAUCGUGGUGUGGGCCUGGAACUUGAUGGUGGGCCAGUCCACUAAGGACAUGGUGCGCUGGUCCCGGCCGGCCUCACCUCCCGUGGUCAAGGUGGAGGUCUUCUACAACUCCGAGUACAGCAUGCCAUCAACACACGCCAUGACGGGCACCGCCAUCCCCUUCUGCCUCUUCAUGCUCACCUAUGAACGCUGGCAGUACCCAUUCCUGCUUGGGUUGUCCGUGGCGCUGUGCUGGAGCCUGCUGGUGUGUGUGAGCAGAGUCUACAUGGGCAUGCAUUCGGUUCUGGAAGUGAUCACCGGCUUCCUGUACAGCCUGCUGGUCCUGGUCUUCUUCCAGCAAACGCUGGACACGAUCGACCACUUCUACAUGACGCACGCCUACGCGCCGCUGCUCAUCGUGGUGUCGCACGUGAGCCUGGGCCUGCUGGCCUUCUCGCUAGACUCCUGGAGCACCUCGCGCGGCGACACGGCCCAGGCGCUGGGAACAGGGGCCGGCGCCGCUCUGGCCACCCACGCCAACUACCAGCUGGGCCUGAUGACCGACCCGCCGGCUUCGGCGCUGCCGCUGGCCCUGCCCCCGCUGGGCGCCGGCUUGGCGGCCCGCGCCCUGCUGCGCUUGGCCCUCGGGGUGGCCGUCAUCCUGGUCACCCGGAUGCUCAUGAAGGCGGCCGCCAUCCCGCUCCUCUGCCGGCUGGCCGGGCUCCCCGCCGGCGACGUGAGGCGCGCCCGGCAGCGCAUGGCGGUGGAGCUGCCGUACCGCUACAUAGUCUACAGCGUGGUGGGCUUCACCUGCUUCUGCGUGGUGCCGCUGCUCUUCAGGCUCGUGGGCCUGGCCUAAGAACCGGCCGGUCUACAGGGUGAAUGCUACCUAGGCCGUACUGCUGCAACGCCAGGGAGGAAAAAAAAGUCGGUAUCGUGAGAAUGGUUUUGUUGUUCUGUUCCAUUUGGAUCUGCUUUGAUUCUAAGCGCUGACUCUUCAUGAUGUUAAAAUACAAACCUCAUCGCCUUGAAAUUGAUCACACUGUGAUGUCUUUUUCUGGUGUGGCAGCAAUACGCUUCUGCCUCCAAAUCUGGUGAUGUUUUACAUUCCUGGAAAGCAUUUUAGUUUCAUCCUGAUAUGAAUCCCCAAAGCCCCACCACGUGCCUGGCCUUUUGGGAGGAUUUUCUCGGCAAGACUUAAAAAAGACAGCACCCCGCCCCCCGCCUCUGAAAAUGUAGCCGCCGAUUGAGACACUCCAGCGGACGUUCCAAAGGGAAGAGAAACAAAAAUGUGUUUUUAGGGUGUUGUGCAGGUUUUUAUCGCUGACGCAAACAAAAGCGCUCCGUUUGUCCCGCACCAAAGUGUGUCACUGGGCUGCGUUUGUGCCCAAACAAAUCAGGAAAUGUAAAAUGGUGAAAAGCAGUCUGACGCCAGCACAAAACACUUGUCAGUUUUUGCACAUGUUUUUAAGCAUGUCGGUGGAAUACAAUAUUUGGCAACUUUGAAUCUUUGACUUCACGACACAGGGUCUUCAAAUCAUGUCGAUGAUGUUGAUGCUGCUGCUGCUGCUGUAAAUACACUACUGGAAAUACUUUUUUAAAAAAUCCAGCGUUUUCUUCUGCUAGAAAUGGCUUAAAAAUAAAAAGUUUAGGCUCACAAACGCUCGACAGCACACUGGAGAGGAAAGAUUUGGUGUCUUGAAAACAUAAAUAGCCGCUGGCAACUCCCCAUGCCAUCACAUGAUGACUUUGUUUCAUUUCAUCUUUGUUUCUCAUUGAUUGUGCUACGGUGUUAUUUUUGUUUGUUUGUUUUUUGGGAUCACCAUCAUUUUGAUUCAGAGAAUAAACCAAAUGAUGAAUCAUGUUUGUAGAAACGCAUUUCAAAUAUUUGAAGUAUUUGAUUGUUUAAUGGUCUGCAUAAUCGUUAUGAUGUCACCACUAUUAUUAUUCCUACUUUUUGUAUCUCGGGCGUGAGUAAUGUUUGAUGUAAACUUGAGUGCUUUAAGACGGCACAUUAAAAAAAUGAAUUACAAUAUAAAAGACAGUAUUUUUGAUGUAAUGUACUCUCUUGAAUAAGACUGUGUUAAAAGAAAUAUUACCAGGAUGUUUAAAAGUUCUUGCACUAAAGUGUAUUAAAAUCUUUACCUCCUUA